UGUCGGUGUCCGGGGCGGGCCGGUGCCGGUGCCCGGGUGCCCGGCUGCUGCGGCGGCCAUGGCGCGGGUGCUGGUGGUGGGCGCGGGGCUGACGGGCGCGGCGGGCGCGGCGCUGCUGCGCGGGGCCCCGCGGGGACAGGUGGCCGUCUGGGACAAGGCGCGGGGCGCAGGGGGCCGCAUGAGCACGACGCGCACGGACCGCGGCAGCGCCGACCUGGGCGCGCAGUUCGUCACCUGCGAGCCGGAGCUGGCGGGGCCGCGGCUCAGCUUCUACGAGGAGCUUGUCACUCACGGCAUCCUGCAGCCACUGACCGCUCCCGUGGAAGGAAUGGUGGUGAGAGAAGGCUCCCGCAAUUACGUGGCACCCCAGGGCAUCUCCUCGGUUGUCAAGUACUAUUUGGAGCAGUCAGGUGCAGAGGUGUCCUAUGAGCAGCACGUAACUCACAUCUCUCUGCGGGAUGGCAGGUGGGAAGUCUCCAGGAAAGCCGGGCCCCCGGAGCACUUUGAUGUGGUAAUUCUCACCAUGCCUGUCCCACAGAUUCUCCAGCUGCAAGGUGACAUUGUGAACAUAAUUAAUGAAAGUCAAAAGCAGCAACUGGAAUCUGUGAGCUACUCAUCCCGCUACGCCCUGGGACUGUUUUAUGAGGCUGGGACAGGGAUUGGUGUCCCCUGGGCUGCUCAGUACAUCACUGAUAAUCCCUGCGUACGCUUCAUCUCCAUCGAUAACGAGAAGCGCAAUAUAGAGUCUCCUGACAUUGGGCCCUCGGUCGUGGUGCACACCACUGUGACCUUUGGAAGCCAGCACCUGGACUCAGACCCUGCAGAGGUGCAGCAGAUCAUUCUCAGCCACCUGAAGAAGAUUGUGCCCUCCCUGCCUAAACCAAGCAGCAUCAAGUGCCACAGAUGGAGAUACUCCCAGUUGCUGUGGAUAGCUGUUGUGGAGUCUGCUCGUACCCCUUGAUCUGCAUCCAGUUUGGGAACCUGGUCUCGUUAGCACAAAGUUUAUUUUUCUGCAAGUAAAGUAUUGGUGGAUUGCAAAAGCAACCUUAGCAUGGGUAUUAAGGCUUACAUAAAACCUAUCAAAAUUGUGGUGUCUUCUCUAAGUUCCUCUUUAUCAGUUCAGGGGGGAUUUUUUUGACAAACAGGUGUCACUGCUAAGGUUCCCUGGUUGUGACAUCUGGUCUUUUCUCCUGCCUUACCUGCUGAGAGCUGCAGUGCUCACGAGAGCUGUGAGUGGGAGCAGGGAGAAGAGCUGGAUCCAGCUCUGGAAAGGGUUCCCAAACCCCAUCCAACUCCUGCUUCUGUUGCUGCUGCCAGCCAGAGCUCUGAGUCCAGCAGCUGCUGGUGCCACAGGAGGAAUUAUCACCAGCCUGUAAUUUGGGGGAUGAAUGUCAAUAUGUCUUAGGUUGCAGAUAAGUCCGUGUAGGUCAGACCCUUUAUCUCAAUAAAGAGAUCUCUAAAGCCACCCUAUAAAAUAAUCACUGCCUAAAUGAAAUAUCUGGGCCACAGCUCCCUCUUUCUCCUAAAGCUCUCUUUACUUUCAAUUAUAAUAAGCUGCUGCCACAGAGGCCAAGGGAACUGAUAAGAUGGGUGCCUGUUUCCCCUGACUCUUUUAGUUGGGAUUUAUCCUACUUGUUAAUUAAAUCCGGCUGUAACAUCCUUCACAUGGCCAAACACAAUCCUGGGAUUAAAAUGCAGACAUUACAAUUAUCCGUGGCAGAUGAGGGAUUAGGACUUCCAAAAUUCUACUGACACUACUUAGCAGCACAGCUGCAGCUCUGGAUCCCUUUGCUCUAAUUAUGGUGAAGGCACCAUUAGCAUUCAGAGCCAGCAGCUUCCCAACCCACCGUGUGUCUUUGGCAGAGUCACUUUAUAUGGAAUUACUGAGGCUGGAAAACACCCCCAAGAUCAUCAGCCUUUGACCAAAUAUCAGGAGGGGUAGGAGCUGUUUGGUACAGCCAGCAUCAAAUAAACACUGGGUAGCCCAGAAGAAAGGACACUCAAAAAAGACUUUUUCUGCCAAGUCUUUCUGCAUUGUUUGUACUCAGCUUGAUCUGUGAGAAAAAAUCAGGAAUAAAUUAAGUACUGACUUAAAAUUGGUCUAAGGGAGAAGCUCUCUCUGGAUUUGCCAUACCUGGAUAGACUCCUCUGUUAAGCUGAAUAAAGGGUGAGGGGUUACAAUUGGUUAUUUCAGCUAGUUUCCUCCUUUGGAGAGAUGCUAACACCCAGUAGCAGAAAAUGCAGCCAUCAACAUAAAUAUAUAAUUGUGGGUGCUUUGCAUCUCAUCCACACAUGGCAGUGGCAGAGAAUGGCUCAGCAGUGGCCAUUGAGGGUACAUCUGAAUCAGUGGAAAAAUCCCUGGAUUUAGCAGGAUUCCUUGGUGGAAAUCCAUGGAAUGGUCAAAAGAAAAUUGUAAGAGUAUCAUGCUUUA